AUGGAGCAGCAGCAGCAGUUGGCGGUGGUGCUGGGGCCGGAUCCGGCGCCCUUCGAAGCCCUGGUGUCGCAGCUCAUGUCCUCAGGGAACGAGCAGCGGUCUCAGGCGGAGGCGUUGUUCAAUCUUUGCCGCGACCACCACCCGGAGACGCUUGUCGUACGGCUCGCUCAUUUCUUGCACUCCUCGGCGCACCACGAGGUCCGCGCCAUGUGCGCCGUCCUCCUCCGGAAGCAGCUUACGUCCACGGGGGACAUCUGGGGGCGGCUCGCACCGUCUACCCAGUCCGACCUUAAGUCCGUCCUCCUCGCCUCUGUGCAGCGGGAGGAGGUCAAGUCGAUAUCCAAGAAGCUGUGUGACACCGUUGCGGAGCUUGCUUCCAUCCUCCUCCCUGACAACGCCUGGCCGGAGUUCCUCCCCUUCAUGUUCCAAUCCGUUACCGCGGACUCGCCGCGCAUCCAGGAGUCGUCCCUUCUUAUAUUCUCGCAGCUCGCUCAAUACAUCGGUGACAUCCUUCUUCCACACCUCUCGACCCUCCACUCCGUCUUCCUCACUUGUCUUUCCUCGGCGACCGCCGUCCCUGAUGUUCGCAUUGCCGCUCUUGGAGCAUCUAUCAAUUUUAUCCAGUGCCUCCCCUCCUCCAGUGACCGUGACCGUUUCCAGGACCUUCUCCCUGCCAUGAUGCUUACUCUCACUGAGGCUUUGAAUUCUGGGCAGGAGGCCACUGCGCAGGAGGCGCUUGAGCUUCUCAUUGAACUUGCCGGUACUGAACCAAAGUUCCUUCGCCGACAGCUGGUGGAAGUUGUGGGUUCCAUGCUACAGAUUGCCGAGGCCGAAAGUCUUGAGGAGGGUACUAGGCACCUUGCUGUUGAAUUUAUCAUUACCCUUGCAGAGGCUCGGGAGCGAGCCCCUGGGAUGAUUCGCCGGCUGCCUCAGUUUGUGGGUCGUCUCUUUGCUGUCCUGAUCAAGAUGUUGUUGGACAUUGAGGAUGAUCAGGCCUGGCACAGUGCAGAGACGGAGGAUGAGGAUGCAGGGGAGACCAGCAAUUACAGCAUGGGUCAGGAAUGUCUGGACCGUCUCUCAAUUGCACUUGGAGGUAACACCAUAGUUCCCGUUGCCUCUGAGGUGCUCCCUGCGUUCCUCUCUGCUCCGGAAUGGCAGAAGCACCAUGCUGCGUUAAUUACCCUGGCACAGAUAGCAGAGGGUUGCUCAAAGGUAAUUAUCACAUGCCAAUGUUAUUUGAUAAUUUUUUACCCUAUGAUUGAUAUUGUCACGCAUCGAGUGUCCUCUUUAACAAGACUGUUUCUCGUUCCCAUUUCGUUUUAUGAAAGCAACAAGUAUGCUACCAUUGAGGAGAGCUAUCUUAUGUGUAAAGAGAAACGCUUAAAUGAAUUUUGACGAAAGAAAAAUUACCGUAGAUGCCGUAAGAAAAUCUAUGGGUUCGUAUUCAACAAUUUUUCUGACUUUUCACUGAUGGAUGGCUGAUGUUAUUUGGCUUAUUUGCCUUACCACUGGUCUCACUAUUUGACUUUUCUUUAAAAGAGGAGUUACCGUGCAUGUUCUCACGCAGGUCAUGAUAAAAAACCUGGAGCAAGUGGUUUCAAUGGUUUUGAACUCAUUUCAAGAUCCUCAUCCCCGUGUGAGGUGGGCAGCAAUUAAUGCCAUCGGGCAGUUAUCCACGGAUUUAGGCCCUGAUUUGCAAAAUCUGUAUCAUCUUCGUGUCUUACCUGCUCUAGCGUCAGCAAUGGAUGACUUCCAGAAUCCACGUGUACAGGUAGAUACCUAAGUUGUAUAUUCUGUGCUAUUGACCUCCGCUUACAAUUCUCAUUCUUGUACUCUUGAAUUGAUUAAUUCUAUUUUUGCAAAAAUGGAGCACGAUCGUUCCCUAAAGAAUUUACACUGCCACGGCAAUAGAAUGUUAGCUGUGUUAUUUAAAAUAUCUCAUUUUUUAUUAAAGCGUGAUGUAAAUACGUGUAAGGUCGGCACAUAAUUAUUAUUUCUGAUCUCAAAUCCAUACGGUUUUGGAUUAUUUUGUGAUCGUCAUCAUGUCUAAAUUUGAAUAUUUAUAUAAAUAGAAAAUCUCUGUAAUUUUCUUUUAUGGGGUUCACUAUAGGGAUCAGUCAACAUAUGAAAAAAGAUUGGACUUCCACUGAAGGAGACAUAUAGCAGCAAGAAGGGCAUAUGACUGGGUGACUUAUAUGCAGCAGUAUAAUAACUGAUUAUGUAAAACCGCUGUACAAGAGAGCAUGGAUAUUACUAUCAGGGGGAAAAAGCUGUAAGCUCGUUUGUGACGGCAUAUACAUCUAUCAUGAAGUCGUGCUGAAUCACCUAAGACAUGUUCAUUACUUUUGUCGGGAUUUUACUAGAGAAAGACAAUGAAUAGAAUUUUAAGUGCUAGAUAAAUGGAUCAUAUAUGAAUAUUAAAUGAUGGAAUAAGAUUCACUAAUAAAAGGGAUUUUCAUAUAGAAUUAAGAGCGCAAACUGAUUGAGAAAAAAUGUUUACAGGAUAUAAUAUUUUCCAUUAAGAUUUUUUUUCUUAGUUUCUUCAAAGCACGGGGCUCUGAUACCAAAUAACACAGUCAACAAUACUAUGUGCCUGUUUUUUGCUUCCUGUCUUUGUGCAAUUACUGUGCCUGUUUGUCAUGAUUGAUGUGCAUUUUUUCUUCCGUUAUUUUUACAGGCCCAUGCUGCUUCAGCAGUUUUGAAUUUCACUGAGAACUGUACUCCGGAAAUUUUGACUCCAUACUUGGAUGGCCUCGUUGGUAAAUUGCUUGUACUGCUCCAGGUACGCCUUUUCCUUUUUAUAACACACGCAAUGCGUUUGCUGCAACUUGUAAUUACGAUUUGUACGAAAGAGUUGAAAAUUGACUGGGAAAAUGCAUUACUAAUUGUUAAAUCGUUGUCACUCAGAAUGGAAAGCAGAUGGUCCAAGAGGCAGCAUUGACAGCCUUGGCAUCAGUAGCGGAUUCAUCUCAGGUAGUUGUAGUCUCUUUGGUGGAUUUAUUUAUUGUUUAUUCGGCAUCAUUCUGAUCCAUUUGUGUGUUAUUAUAUGACUGCCCAGGAGCAUUUUCAGAAGUAUUAUGAUGCUGUCAUGCCUUACUUGAAGAGUAUUUUGAUGACUGCAACUGACAAGCCUAAGCGAAUGCUUCGUGCCAAGUCCAUGGAGUGCAUAAGCUUAGUUGGUAUGGCUGUGGGGAAGGAGAAGUUCAGAGAUGAUGCUAAGCAGGUAAGCUAUAUUUUUUUAUUCGUUUCUUCUCGGUGCUUGGUUGGAGCUCUUUAAGGUUUUAAUCCUACCUCCUAAUCAAUCUUAAAAUUGCAAGUAUACUUGGACAAAUUGAGGAGUUUGGAAUGAUUGUGUUAUUAUUAGAUUGCAGAGCAAGCGUACAGCUUGAAUUAAAUGAUCUCACUACCCAACAGGUUCAUAUUUGUGGUUUCAUAAUAUGCUCGGUUUUUUGCAUCGCAUUUCUAUUUGCGCGCAGUUACAAGUCAUGCUGAAAUUUCCUAUGUACAAAAAAGGUAGUAUAUUUUCAGUGUUUUUUACGGGGUACAAAAUAAAUGACCAGGAACUGUAACUGUAACUGUGGUGGCAUGAUCCAUGCAAGGUAUUUUAGAAUUUUUCUGAUUUCUUCUUUUUAGGCAUAUGGCGUUCAGCCCGUUUUCAUCUCUGUUAUCCUGAUCCUCUAUUACUUCUUCCUGUCUUCUUCUUUUAUCUGUUUACCCUCACUCAGCUUUCUUGUCCCCAUAUUCUGCCUGAUACUUAUUUUCUGGACCUUGAUGUGCUUCUCUGGUUCAGUUUACUGCUCUCACAUCGCUAGUGCCAGGCAAUGAGGACUUUGAGACAUAGGUGCACCUCCAUGUGUAUCAGAAUGAUCACGCUCAUAGACAUAGGUCCUUUUUCUUGGCCAUUCUUGAAUACUUUCAACAGGUAGCGGCUAGGACAUCUAUUGUAACUUAGUGGUCAUUCCAUCAUUUUGAUGGAAAGUAAUUGGAAAGCGGGAAUAAAAUAGUUGUGUCAUGCUACAACCACGGCUUCAUAUGUACUAUGGCCAUGAAAAAUUUGUUGCGUUUAUUCCACCUAUUGAAUUGGUUUUAAUGCAGAACAGUGGCUUUCUGAUUUCUACUAUUUGACUGAUAAUGACUAGUGUGUUUGGGUUUAGCUGAUCAUUCUGUAUUAACAUGUCAGUAACAUUUCUGUUAAUGAUUACAUCAGGUCAUGGACGUCUUGAUGACGUUGCAAGGAUCUCAGCUGGAGACUGAUGACCCAACGACAAGUUACAUGCUACAAGUAUGUUUAGAUCCUUAACUCUUUAGUGAAAAGUGUAAUCUUGACCAUUUUAAUGCUCUAACCUAUUAUGUUCUUCUGUAGGCGUGGGCCAGGCUAUGCAAGUGCUUGGGCCAGGAUUUCCUUCCUUACAUGAGUGUCGUUAUGCCUCCAUUGCUUCUGUCUGCACAGCUUAAGCCGGACGUUACAAUCACAUCAGCAGAUUCGGAUGAUGAUAUUGAUGAAUCAGACGAUGAAAGGUAUGCGCUAAAUUUAUGAUUACUCAUUGUCGGAUCAUUGAGAAAUGGCUGUUUAUUUUAAUAAGUAUUUACUGUUUUCUGUCUACCAUUUCACCAGAAACAUCCUAUUAAACUAAUUUUAAAUUCACUAUUUGGCUAUAAUUUUUAUCUUGGGACUAUGGCUUGAAAUUUUUUGUACAGUGUCAUUACCUUUGCCGUUUCUAAAUUUCUGAUGAUAACAGAGCUUGAGCUGUUGGUUGUCUGGGCCCUGUUUUGGCAAAAGCAGCAAGAAGAAAAUCUACCCAUAAUGAAAGCACCUGUAGAUAGAAGCCAUUUCUCGACUGGUGGACUCAUCCUCAAUGCCGUUUAGGCCCCCCAGUUCAGUCGCCCGACUAGAGGGACUGAGAAAUUAAUAGAGUACAAAACUUAUCUUCAAGCUUUACCUUAUUCUGAUCGUUCAGAGGGGGAUGCUUUGUUGGGUGUGGAUUGAGUGGUAGCAGUUUAGUAAGGGCAUGGCUUAUGGCAGGGUAAGUCAGCCCUUUGAUCGGUGAGAGCUUUAUCCAGGAGCUCGUAGUUGAAGUUCCUCCCAGUCUUAACUUAACUUACAUACCCACUCAGCAUUCUUUUAAAACAAUCGAAUCGAGUUCCCGUGCAACGACAGUAUCGACCCCUUACCAUUCUCGCUCAGUGUUUUGAGCGUUGAGGGAAUUAUGCCACACUUCAGUAUGUAGCAUGGGCACUGAGCCAAGCUCAUUGCCAUAUUUAAGGAUUCAAUGUGCUGUUGUCGUCGAGAAAGCACGAAAGGCUGCCUCAUCCCUGAUCACAACAUUAAUGAACAACAGUUUUAUGAAUGGUUAUCUUGAUUACAAACCGUCAGAUAUAUCGCACCUGAUACUUUUUGAUAUAGGGAAGUUCCGCUCGAAGUUCAAUAUGAAUCUUUUGGUACCUACCAUGAAAUUUGUAGACACCAUUUAAUAAUCCUUAUGUAGACAAAAUACCAGUGCAUUAAGUCGUACUACAGGAGUGAUACCAAACUUCUAAUAGGUAGGGGCAGAUGUAAGCCAAGGGGAUCAAGGAAGCAUGUUGUGAAACCACGGCUUAAUUUCCCGUCGUUCGCCUUAUAUAAAAGUGUUGUGGUCAUUUAUUAUUUUUCUUCUCGUCAGUUCACUCUGUAAGAUGAGGUUACUCUUGACGGUGGGCUUGAUUCCUCAUGUUUCUUGAUUGGAGAUGUAGAGACAUGUGAAAUAGCUUUUGGUCCCAGCGUUUGUCCUAUAUAUUCGUUCACUUGUCUACACUGGGCAAGCCUGGUCUUCUCUCGCUUCUUAAUUGUCAAGUUAUUGUUUAUGUGAACUACAGCGAAGACAUUUAGGAGAAUAACUGAAACUUUUUAGAGAAUACAAUCAACACUCACUAAGUUAUGAGAUGAAAUAUCGCAGAACACAACUGAAGAUUGUUGUAGUAGUAUUUUGACUUGAUGUGGGAACUGUCAUCUAGGAUUUCUAUAAGCGCAUGUCAAAUGUUUUCUCUAGCUAUUUGCCUUUGGCAGGUUUGCGCACUGUGUCCACUAAGUUGUCUUCUAUUAGCGCUAUUUCUGUGGAUGAAGAACCUGAGUAUUACUUUGUUUUAAUUUGUUGUUCUAUUUCAGCAUUGAAACCAUUACUCUCGGAGAUAAGAGAAUAGGAAUCAAGACCAGCGUUCUGGAGGAGAAAGCGACGGCGUGUAACAUGCUUUGCUGCUAUGCUGAUGAGCUCAAGGAGGGUUUCUACCCAUGGAUCGAUCAGGUUUGUUAUCAUCAAUCCGUAGGCCCUGUUUGUCCUCCAGUUAUUUGAAAGUGGAUGGUGCCGCUUAAUAGUGACAAUAAAUGCAGGUUGCUCCUACUUUAGUGCCUCUUCUCAAGUUUUAUUUUCAUGAAGAUGUUCGGAAAGCUGCUGUUUCUGGUAUAAUUUUUUUUAUUUUAUUCUCUCUUUGCUAUUCUUUGAAGAGACGUAAUAUACUAAUAAAAUUUAUAUGCUCAAUGUAGCAAUGCCUGAGCUGCUUCGUUCAGCUAAGUUAGCUGUGGAAAAGGGACAGGCUCAAGGUCGUGACCAGACAUAUGUAAAGCAGCUAUCUGACUAUAUUAUUCCAGCCCUGGUUGAGGCACUGCAUAAGGUUGAUCUUUUCGGACUGCACAUCCUUUGUGUACCAAACAUAUUUCAUAUGCUGACAGUUUUUCUUUUUUUGGCAAAUAGGAGCCUGAGACAGAGAUUUGCAUGAGCAUGUUGGAUGCAUUGAAUGAAUGCAUGCAGGUUUCUCUCUCCUUCCUCUCUCUCCCUCUCUCUCUCUUUCUGCUGGGUUUCUGAUUAUCAUAUCAUAAUUUUGCUGGCAUAUUAGAACAUGGAAACUAUAAAUCUUAACGGGUGCUUUGUCAAACAACGUAGUUUUCUCCCGUACUUUUUCCUCUAGUUUACAACUCUUUCCAGGCUGAAUCCAUCUUCAACUAGUAUCUUUCUACUUAAUGACCGGACAUGCACGGCCUAAAAGCUACCAGAUUACAGCGAGCCUUACCAUUUUGUCCAGCUAAUUCUUGACUGGUUCCAACCCAACUUUAUCGGUAAAGGAAAAGGAAGAGCAUUCAACCUUUCUGAAACUCUCUCGAUCAUACCUCAAUCCGAGACUACGUUGAAACUCCAGCACAAAUUUCAUACCGUGGGUGUUUGUGUUGAUAUGUUUUCUAAUGCGACCGGCUGGCUAAAGUUGAUAGAUAGUCCAUUCAUUUCAUGCCAUGGAGAUAUCUCUGAAUGCCACAAAUCAGGUUUAUGCCGUUUCAGAUCUUCCAUCGGCGCAUUUGAUUGAUUGAUGAUAUCUUGUCCGGAUUGCGUAGCAUCUGAACUUAUUUUCAUCAAUUAUGAGUCUCAUUAACUCCGUUUUUUGGGUUUCAAUGUGACUUCUUUCUUGGGUUUCAAUGUUCCUUGGCAUGACCAUUAAAGGAGGACAGCUGCAUAUCACAGUACUCAGCCUUUUUCCGCUCCUCCUUUUUCAGGUUUCUGGGCCGCUUCUCAGCGAAGCACAAGUACGAUGCAUUGUUGAUGAGAUAAAACACGUGAUCACUGCGAGCACGACCAGAAAGAAAGAAAGGGCGGACAGGACCAAAGCUGAGGACUUUGACGCCGAAGAGGGAGAGCUUCUCAGGGAAGAAAACGAGCAAGAAGAAGAAAUCUUCGAGCAAGUACGUUAUAUGAACACUCCACAAUCUGUGGGAGCCUAAUCUGGGCAUCCAUCCCGGUUGCGAGAAUCUUCCAUAUAUCAUAAGAUGGUCAUGUGCUUGUCCUCUGGUGUUGUUCUUACAUCUGAUAAUAAUUCAUCUCAAGGUUGGAGAAUGCUUGGGCACCUUGAUCAAAACAUUCAAAUCUUCCUUCCUUCCCUUCUUUGACGAGGUUUCUAUCUUUCUGACUCCUAUGUGGGUGAGUUCUUCUUCAAACCCUCUCUCUCAAACCCACCCUUUUCGUUCACAGCUUUCUCCUUAUGACUCAUCAAUUCUGCAUAAUUUUCACCGCUCUUUGUCAUCAAAGGGUAAGGACAAGACGGCUGAGGAGAGGAGGAUCGCCAUCUGCAUUUUUGACGACGUCGCAGAGCAGUGUAGAGAGGCCGCUCUCAAGUAUGUAACUUCGUUUUAGAUAAUUUUCCUCAGAGUUCGGACCUCUGAUCCAGAUUUCUCCCCUGACAAAUUACCAUAUUUGUGUAUGUUUGUUCUACAGAUACUAUGACACCUAUCUACCCUUCUUAUUGGAGGCAUCCAAUGAUGAUAAUCCAGAUGUCCGUCAGGUCUGUUCUUGACCCCUGUACCCUCUUCUAAAAGAUAUCUAUAUAUAUAUAAUAUAAUAUGCCUACUGAUUUAAUUAUUUUUUGAUCCCCAGGCUGCUGUUUAUGGUAUUGGAGUUUGUGCCGAGUUUGGCGGAUCUGUCUUCAGACCUCUUGUCGGAGGUGGGUUCGAAAUCUUUUUUUUUUUUUUUUGGUUCGUACCAGAAUAUUCUGAAAAAAUGCACUGGGCGUUGACUUCUUUACAGAGGCCCUCUCUAGGCUGAAUGCCGUUAUAAGGCAGCCCAAUGCGCUCCAAUCAGAUAAUGUAAUGGCAUUCGAUAAUGCUGUCUCCGCUUUGGGGAAGGUUUGCCAGUUCCAUCGCGAGAACAUCGAUGGAGCCCAGGUUAUAUUGACUCCUCCCUCCCUCAUGAACUUCAGCUUCUCUCUCUCUCUAUAUAUAUGUGGACAUUUUCUUAUUUUUGUAUCUAUUGUGGGUUUCUAUACUGGGGAGUUUGGGGGGAGGGGGGUUGACAUGAAAAAAUAUUGAAAGCCCGCUUCGUAUUUCUCCAGAUCCUUCCAGUGUGGCUGAACUGCCUGCCAAUCAAAGGCGAUCUGAUCGAGGCCAAGGUUGUGCACGAACAACUCUGUUUGAUGGUCGAAAGGUAACCCCAUCCUACUCGGCCUGUUUGACUUGACAGUUAGCAAAUAAUUUUUCUUUGUUAUAUGUGGAUGAAUCAACCCCGUUGUUGCGGAAAAAUACUGCAGAUCGGACAGAGAUCUUCUUGGCCCCAACAACCAGAAUCUCCCCAAGAUCGUGGGAGUGUUCACCGAGGUACACGCCUCCCCCUUCAAAAGCUUUUACCCUUUUUGGUAGAUCUCUCCAUGGUAGACAAAAUCUACCACCUCCAUUUAAGAGAUAAGGGCCGUUGACUUCUUGAUAUCUGCUAGAUCUCACUAUGAUGGUCGAUCACUACAUUUGAUCAACAAAUCUACCACACAUUUUCCCAUCCGAAUUUAAGUAAGAUUCGAAGGGAAGAGAAGAGGAGGGAGGGGGAUGGGGACGACAGUUGCUUCCCCUUUUCCUGUCAGUACCUCUUAUUGAGUCCGGCUGUGAGCCGUUGACUUUUUAUCUGUGCAGGUAUUGUGCGGCGGCAAGGACCUAGCGACGGAGCAGACAACAAGCAGGAUGGUCAGCCUCUUGCGGCAGCUGCAGCAGACCCUGCCCCCGGCCGUGCUCGCCUCCACCUGGUCCUCCCUCCAGCCCCAGCAGCAGCUCGCCCUUCAGUCAGUCCUCUCAUCCUAG